GGCGGAGCGUGGGGGAUGCGCGAGCGGCGGCGGCGGAUCCCGAGCGGGGCUGCGGUGGGGGGCGGGGGCGGCCGCCGGAGUCUCCAUCGGCACUGUCACCAUGCUGAGCCGCAGCUCCUUCACCAGCCUGGUGGUGGGCGUGUUCGCCGUGUACGUGGUGCACACCUGCUGGGUCAUGUACGGCAUCGUCUACACGCGGCCCUGCCCGGCGGCGGCGGACGGCGCGGCCGGGGGAUGCGUCUGGCCCUACUUGGCCCGGAGGCCCAAGCUUCAGUUAAGCGUGUACACUACCACACGGUCAAGCAUUGGUGCUGAGAGUAAUAUAGAUCUCGUUUUGAAUGUGGAGGAUUUUGAUGUUGAGUCCAAAUUUGAAAGGACAGUGAAUGUCUCUGUACCAAAGAAAACCCGAAAUAAUGGCACAUUAUAUGCAUUUGUAUUUCUUCAUCAUGCUGGCAUUUUGCCUUGGCAUGAUGGUAAGCAGGUGCAUGUAGUAAGCCCUCUGACCACGUACAUGGUCCCCAAACCAGAAGAGAUUAAUUUGCUCACUGGUGAAUCAGCCACACAGCAAAUUGAAGCAGAAAAACAGACCAAUGCCCUGGAUGAACCUGUCUCUCACUGGAGGUCAAGACUAACCUUAAAUGUCAUGGUGGAAGAUUUUGUGUUUGAUGGAUCAUCCCUCCCCGCUGACGUUCACCGUUACAUGAAAAUGGUUCAGUUGGGGAAGACAGUGCAUUACCUUCCAAUAUUAUUUAUUGAUCAGCUAAGCAACAGAGUGAAAGAUUUGAUGGUUAUAAAUCGUUCAACAACAGAGCUACCUCUUACAGUGUCGUAUGAUAAAAUAUCUCUUGGGAAACUCAGAUUUUGGAUCCACAUGCAGGAUGCUGUGUACUCCCUCCAGCAGUUUGGGUUUUCUGAAAAGGACGCAGAUGAAGUAAAAGGAAUUUUUGUUGAUACUAACUUGUACUUUCUGGCUUUGACAUUCUUCGUAGCAGCAUUCCAUCUUCUCUUUGAUUUCCUUGCAUUUAAAAAUGACAUUAGUUUUUGGAAGAAAAAGAGGAGCAUGAUUGGGAUGUCCACAAAGCAGGUAUGGACUAGAAUGCAAAUGCUUUGGCGGUGCUUUAGUACUGUGGUAAUAUUUCUUUUCCUUUUGGAUGAACAAACAAGUUUAUUGGUACUGAUCCCAGCAGGCAUUGGUGCAGUGAUUGAGCUCUGGAAGGUGAAGAAGGCUUUGAAAAUGACAAUCAGGUGGCAAGGUUUGAGACCCAGAUUUCAGUUUGGUGCAUACAAUGACUCUGAAAAGAAAACUGAGGAAUAUGAUGCCCAGGCUAUGAAAUACUUGUCAUAUUUGCUCUAUCCACUGUGUAUUGGAGGGGCAGGUUACUCCUUGCUGAAUGUCAAAUACAAGAGCUGGUACUCCUGGUUGAUAAACAGUUUUGUCAAUGGAGUGUAUGCUUUUGGAUUCCUGUUUAUGCUGCCCCAGCUAUUUGUGAACUACAAGAUGAAAUCUGUUGCACACUUGCCAUGGAAGGCGUUCACAUACAAAGCGUUCAACACCUUCAUUGAUGAUAUAUUUGCUUUUAUCAUCACUAUGCCAACAUCUCAUAGACUGGCAUGCUUUAGAGAUGAUGUUGUGUUCCUGGUCUAUCUCUACCAAAGAUGGCUUUAUCCUGUGGAUAAGAGCAGAGUAAAUGAGUAUGGAGAAUCUUACGAAGAAAAGUCAAAAAAAAAAGCUCAUAGAGAAUAACUAAGAACUGAAGAAGAUUCUGACCCCUGGACUCUUACUUGGCUUUGUGUAUUACCUGGUCUUAAGGAAGGAAAAACUUAUUUAAUAAGAGUAUUUUUAAAGCUUAUGAUGGAACUACAUGGACAAUACAUCUUCUAUAUUGCCAAAAUCUAGUUUUGAUACCCUCCUCUUUCAAGACCCUCUUCUGUCCUCACAAGGUCUACAGUCUGCCAGAUGACAUUAUAUAAACUUCCUGCAUUUCAGCUUCUCUUCAGUGAAAACCUAAGCAUCCUGACCAUUGUAAUUAAGAUUCAAAUCUCUGUUU